CGGACCCGCAACAUGCCCUACCAAUACCCAGCGCUGACCCCGGAGCAGAAGAAGGAGCUUUCUGACAUCGCUCACCGCAUCGUGGCCCCGGGCAAGGGCAUCCUGGCUGCAGAUGAGUCCACCGGGAGCAUCGCCAGGCGGCUGCAGCCCAUCGGCACCGAGAACACGGAGGAGAACCGGCGCGUCUACCGCCAGCUGCUGCUGACCGCCGACGACCGCGUCAACCCCUGCAUUGGGGGGGUCAUCCUCUUCCAUGAGACACUGUACCAGAAGACCGACGAUGGGCGUCCCUUCCCCCAAGUCAUCAAAUCCAAGGGUGGCAUUGUAGGCAUCAAGGUGGACAAAGGUGUGGGACCCCUGGCAGGAACAAAUGGGGAGACCACCACCCAAGGGCUGGAUGGGCUGUCCGAGCGCUGUGCCCAGUACAAGAAGGAUGGGGCCGACUUUGCCAAGUGGCGCUGUGUGCUGAAAAUUGGGCAACACACCCCCUCAGCCCUUGCCAUCAUGGAGAAUGCCAACGUCCUGGCCCGUUACGCCAGCAUCUGCCAGCAGAAUGGCAUCGUGCCCAUUGUGGAGCCUGAGAUCCUCCCCGAUGGGGACCACGACUUGAAGCGCUGUCAGUAUGUAACCGAGAAGGUGCUGGCUGCUGUCUACAAGGCCCUGAGUGACCACCACAUCUACCUGGAGGGCACUUUGCUGAUGCCCAACAUGGUAACCCCAGGCCACGCCUGUACCCAUAAAUAUUCUCCUGAGGAGAUUGCCAUAGCGACUGUCACAGCACUGCGACGCACAGUGCCCCCCGCUGUUACUGGGAUCACCUUCCUAUCAGGCGGCCAGAGUGAGGAGGAGGCAUCCAUCAACCUCAAUGCCAUCAACAAGUGCCCCCUGCUGAAGCCAUGGGCCCUGACCUUCUCCUAUGGCCGAGCCCUACAGGCUUCUGCCCUCAAGGCCUGGGGUGGAAAGAAGGAGAACCUGAAGGCCGCCCAGGAGGAGUAUAUCAAGCGAGCCCUGGCCAACAGCCUCGCCUGUCAAGGAAAGUACACCCCAAGUGGUCAGGCCCGGGCUGCAGCCAGGGAGUCCCUCUUCAUCUCUAACCAUGCCUACUAAGCGGAGGUGUUCUAAGGCUGCCCCCUCAACAC